AAUCCUAAUCGUUGUAGUACAAAACAAAAAUGGCAAAGACGAAAGCCUACUUUUAUCAUUACUAGUAGAAGAAAACUAGAUGUCUAGUUGAGUACUAUAUAUAUGUACACAUAAAGAGAAACGCGUGACACAAGUAUCUUUACCUCUUCUUCUACUUUUUCUCUCAACUGUAUACAAAUUGUUCUCUCUUUCUUUCUUUUUUGUAAAAUUGUGGUUGGAAAUUCUGAUCAAAGAAGAUUAGGAUGAUGAUGCGAUCGUGUUGUAGGCCAUUAGAGAGGUGUUUUGGGAGAAUAAACGGAGAUGGACUAUUAUGGCAUAUGGAUUUAAAGCCACAUGCUUCUGGUGACUUUUCAAUUGCUGUUGUUCAAGCUAAUUCUUCUCUUGAAGAUCAAAGUCAAGUGUUUACUUCUCCUUCUGCUACUUAUGUUGGUGUUUAUGAUGGACAUGGUGGUGCUGAAGCUUCCCGUUUUGUCAACGCACACCUCUUCUCUUAUUUGCACAAGUUUUCGAAAGAGCAAGGGGGUUUAUCAUCAGAUGUUAUAAAGAGGGCAUUUAGUGCUACAGAAGAAGAUUUUAUUCAAUUGGUGAAAAGAUCAUUGCCUGUAAUGCCACAAAUUGCUUCUGUUGGAUCAUGCUGUUUGGUUGGUGCAAUAUCUGAAGGUGAAUUGUACGUGGCUAAUUUAGGAGAUUCUAGGGCAGUUCUAGGACGCAGAAGUUUUGAUGGGGAAAAAAGUUCAGUCAUUGCAGAAAGGUUAUCGACUGAUCACAAUGUUUCGUGUGAGCAAGUGAGGAAAGAAGUUGAAUCACUUCAUCCUGAUGAUCAGGCUGUGGUGGUAUACAUUCGAGGUGUUUGGAGAAUUAAAGGCAUAAUUCAGGUCUCAAGAUCUAUUGGAGAUGCCUAUUUGAAGAAACCUGAAUUUAACAGGGAUCCUAUCUUCCAAAGAUAUGGGAAUAUUGUACCUCUGAAGCGGCCUGUACUGACAGCAGAGCCUUCAAUCGUUACAAGAAGUAUUAGGCCUCAUGAUUUAUUCCUUAUAUUUGCUUCGGAUGGCCUUUGGGAACAAUUAAGUGAUCAAGUAGCUGUGGAAAUAGUAUUUAAAAACCCAAGAGCUGGAAUAGCUAAGAGACUGGUGCGAGCGGCCCUUCAGGAGGCUGCUAAGAAGAGGGAGAUGAGGUAUAGGGACAUAAAGAAGAUUGAAAAGGGGAUUAGGCGCCAUUUCCAUGAUGAUAUAACAGUUAUUGUGAUCUACCUUGAUCACCAGAAAGAAUCCUUCCACUCCAAAGGCACUCUUGGCUCUAUCACCGCACCUGUAGAUGUUUUCUCAUAUAAUUCAGAUGAUGCUGAGGAGAAACAAUGUUUUCUCAUAUAAUUCAGAUGAUGCUGAGGAGAAACAAGUUAUUGGAGCUUUUUGAACAGCCAAAAACCGCAACAAGAGGGUGGUAUAUUCAGUACAUAAUGUUACAUUAUUGGGAAAUAGCGACAUACAUGGCAUUACAUGGAGAGGAUACAGGUUUGAUGUAGAUAAACCGGGUUUAUGGGUGACUGCUUGGAUGAUUUGGGAGCAGAAAUUCAGUUUAGGAUCUGACCAAACCCAUUGUUUUGUUCUUUUCAGAAGGAUUGUGCUUUGAGAUAAGUGGUGCAAUAGAGGAUUGCUGUUAAUUUUGAGCUGACAAUUUCUAGGUGGGGAAGUUUUCAAGAAACCCUUUCUGAAAAUUCCCAGGUUUUGUUGUAUUUUGCUUUCUUGCUGGGCAAAAAGUUGAAUAAUGUGAGAAUCAGAUUAUAUCUGUAUCUUGCAGUUAAGUGUUAUGUGGUCUUUCUAUUCAUAAACAUACACAAAUCGUCGAUUUGAAAUC